AUGACCAUCGACGCCCUCCGUCGUUUCUUCCUCCCUUGCUUCCAACCCACCACCACCUCCGCUCCACCCACCAUCACCACCAAGAAGCGCCUUAGCACAUCUCUUCGAGACGACCUCGACGACCCAAAGCUCCGUGAAAACCAAAAACAAGAAGACCAAGACUCCACUACCCCAGACGAAACCCCCACCACCAUCCCCGCCAACCAUUCUUUGGCCCCGCCAAGGACUUCCAAAACGAUGGUGAUCGGCACAAUCUUUGGCCACCGUCGCGGCAACCACAUCUGGUUCUGCGUCCAACACGACCGUCUCAACACCAAACCUUCUCUCCUCCUCGAACUCUCCAUCCCAACCUCUCUACUGGUCAAAGAAAUGCAUUGCGGACUCGUUCGAAUAGCUCUCGAGUACCACGCCGAUUCGCCCGAGUCAGAACUCAGUCAUUGCCCACUUCACUCCAUCCCCAUUUGGAACUUGUGCUGUAACGGUCGAAAACUUGGGUUCGCCGUUCGGAAGAAGGCGACGCAGCAAAACCGUCUCAUGCUCAAGACCAUGCAGUCCAUGACAGUCGGGGCAGGUGUGAUUCCAUCCGGGUUAGGAUCCGAAUGUGGUUCGGAUCCUAACAAUGGAUGUGGUGAGCUUAUGUAUAUGAGGGCCAACUAUGAAUGUGUGGUGGGGAGUGCUGAUUCGGAGUGUUUUCAUUUGAUCAACCCGGAUGAAGGUCCGGGUCAAGAACUCAGCGUCUUCUUGCUGAGGUCAAGGUGAUGGAUUUUUUUGAUCCAAGAGAGGGGUCUUUUGGUAAUUAUAGCUUCUCUGCUGGACACAGUUUUGCAAAGUUUUCUGAAUGGGGUUGAUUUGAGAUUAAAGAGAAAUUAUAUGGUGCUUCUUUAGGAAUCAG